UCCCAGGUCAUAAAUUAGAAUAUUACCAUUUGCUUGAAUGGCAUGUGUUUCAGUGCAUGCAAGGUUCGAUGUAUCUGCUUCAAGUUCCGAUGUAUCUGUUUCAAUCUUGCAUUUAAUAUAUAAUUUUGCUGUUCCCUCUCUAUUUUUAUUUUUUUAUACUUUGCUAUUCCUUAUUUUACAAGAUCAGCAAGAUCCUUUUUUUGUUUGCCAGUCGAAGGGAAAAAAGUGAUGGGAAAUAAUGAAAAGGACCAACCAUUGCCAAAGUUCGGGGAAUGGGAUGUCAACGACCCAGCAUCAGCUGAGGGAUUCACAGUAAUCUUCAACAAGGCUAGGAAUGAAAAAAAGACAGGUGGCAAGCCUGACUCACCAGCAAAGGAUAGUUCCACAUACAAGCCUGGUGCUACUACUACUCUUGGAAAGCCUCAGACUAAAAAAUGGUUUUGCUGCAUACAAGCUACUCAUGCAGAAUAAUGAAGUGGCUCUUGCAUUGUAAGAGCACUGAUGGCAAGAUAUUAUUUAUCUACACCUAGCCCCAGCAUACAAUCCAGAAGACUGGAGCUGUUUUCAGAAGCUAUGAUGGGUCCUGCAGAAAUCUAUUUGUUGUGGCUUGAGCUUUGGUAAUGAUGAUGGCUUGGGGAAGUAUGUGAUGAAAGAACACUUUUAUUUUGUGUUUAUGAAUACCGAUGGGUGAUUAUUGAGGUUUAUGCUUGUCUGCUCCAUUCAAUAUGUCCCAUUAGGCAACACUGUUGUGACAUUCUAUGUUUUGUUUCGAGUGAUAUGCUUUUCUUGUGUGUA